AUGAGUAUUCCAAGGUGCAUGGAAGGAAUGAUUUACCCCUCAAUUGGGAAUGAGGUUCCCAUUCCAUAUCACAAAAUUAUUAAUCCAAACUCUAAAACAUGGGUGUUGAAAAAUUUUCUUACAUGGAUUAAGAGUGAUCUUGGACCUUGGGGUCCACUUGUACUGGCUGUUGCAUAUAUUCCCCUUUCAAUUCUAGCUGUCCCAGCCUCUGUACUUACGCUCGGGGGCGGAUAUCUCUUUGGGUUGCCAGUUGGAUUUGUUGCUGAUUCUACUGGUGCUACACUUGGAGCAACAGCUGCAUUUCUUCUCGGGAGAACAAUUGGGAGGCCAUAUGUCAAAUCUAAAUUGAAAAAUUAUCCCAGGUUUCAGGCAGUUACUAUAGCGAUUCAGAAAUCCGGGUUUAAGGUUUGA